UGUGUGUUAUCCAUGGUCGUGAGCGCAUAGGGCACGCGCAGCUUGUCGUUGCUGCCGUCGGUGUCCUACCAGCAUCUGUUCCUCUUUUUUGGAGCAGACUUAUGUUUCGGCUACAUCACUUCCCGUCGGGAAUAAUUUCUGCGCUACUUUCAUUUUAAUCACCGAACCGUGACCGCGAGAGCGCAAAUGCGCAUCGCUCUGCGCAUCUUUGAAUCUUCAGAAGUACACUGUGGACAAUCUCCCUGACAUCCAAAGACCUCUCCUCCGCAAUCCGACGAGGCUUCUUCACCGCCUAUGGCCGCACAUCGGCAUCCCUGAGCCGCUGGCCUCGUCCCGGACCUUUCACCCAUCGCUGUCCUCAGAAGGUCUUUUGAAUCAGGGAGACAUUUCUACAAUUAAAAAAAAAUCAUCCUCGGCUGACUAUUUUUUUUAAAGCACCCGGUGCUAUGCUGGGCCCAUCUCUCUAGAUCUUGUGAUUAUUACACGAUCUCUCCUCCCACAUUCGUCCGACCGAGACCCUGGUACUCUCAUCGAGCCCCAGCAAUGCAUCCUAACGCAGUGAUGCUGGCGGUGGUCCUUUUGGGGAACUUGAUGCUGCCUUUCAUCUCGGCUCAGAACGCUGGGUUUGUGAAGUCGCCAAUGUCUGAGACUAAGCUCACGGGGGACACCUUUGAGCUGUACUGCGACGUGGUCGGUAACCCCACUCCAGAGAUCCAGUGGUGGUAUGCUGAGGUCAACCGAGCUGACUCCUUCAAGCUGCUGUGGGACGGAGCCCGCAAGCGUCGGGUAUCCAUCAACACGGCCUACGGCGCCAAUGGGGUCAGUGUGCUCGGCAUCACGCGUCUCACACUGGAGGACUCUGGGACCUAUGAGUGCCGGGCCAGCAACGACCCCAAGCGCAAUGACCUCCGACAAAACCCUGCCAGCACCUGGAUCCGCGCACAGGCCACCAUUUCGGUGCUACAGAAACCAAAGAUAAAUGCCUCUGAUCACACCAUCCUGUCAAUGGACACCCCUGCCAAACCCCCACCAGUUACCCUGCAGUGUAACCUCACAACGGCCCACACUCCCCACAAGGAAAGCUUCUGGGUAAAGAAUGGAAAAGAAAUCGCAAACACACGGACGGAGCAGAGGAACACAGCAUACAGAAUCGCUAAACCACGGGCAGAUGAUUCUGGGGAAUACAUGUGUGUUUACACAUUUGAGAUGGCACCGAAUGCAAAUGCUACAAUUGAAGUAAAAGCUAAACCUGAUAUCACUGGCCACAAGCGAAGUGAAAAUAAAAACGAGGGAGAAAAUGCAACACUUUACUGCAAGUCUGUUGGUUAUCCACAUCCCAACUGGACAUGGCGUAAAAUGGACGGAACAUCCUCAACGGACAUUGACAACUCCACUGGACGCUUUUUCAUCACCAUCAGAGACAACUACACAGAGCUCAAUGUUCUAAACCUGGAUAUAAACAGUGAUCCUGGAAUAUACCAAUGUAAUGCCACUAACGUGAUUGGAAACACUGCUGAGACCACUAUACUACGGGUACGCAGCCACCUUGCACCGCUUUGGCCUUUCCUGGGUGUGCUCGCGGAAAUCAUAAUCCUUGUAGUCAUCAUCGUUGUGUAUGAGAAACGCAAGAGGCCAGACGACAUUAUUGAUGACGAUGAACCAGUCGGACAAAUGAAAACAAAUUCAACAAACAACCACAAGGACAAAAACAUCCGCCAGAGGAAUACAAAAUAAGCAAUUUACUCAAAUGAGAUGGCUAAACUGCAUUUUUUUGACUACAUGAAGGUAUCAGAGGUGGAGAGAGCUCCG